UUAAGAACGAUAGUUGCGGGCCAGGCGGUUCCUUUGCAUGCUGUGCAUAUUUUCACCCUGUUUUUUGCUCUUCGUUGUACCGAAAUGUGGAUUUUCAGCGGCCGACGUAAAGAUCCCAGGUCAGCGGCCGGAGGGGAGCGGAGCGGCUGGAAGCUGGGCUGUCCUGGGAAAUAAAAAGUUCGACUUGUCAGAAGACUCAGCAGAGACAUGGAUCUCAUCAGGAGAGGAACGGCCUGAACACGGAGAAGUGAGCUCGGUUGGUCUUAUCUAACCAGCCAACACUCUCACCCCUUGGAAACAGUGAGGCCUCAAAACGAGCUCCAUUAGAGUUGACUCACAUUCACAGGAAGGAACAGAACCAGCCGUCUCAGCAUGACGGACAGAGUGAGUUUCAACGCCUCCAAAGUCACCCCCCGGCCGGCCACAGCUCCUGUGCUUCCACCUGAGCCAAUUGAUAUAAUUCGCACCAAAGCUCGCUCUCGGCGAGUCCGCCUCAAUGUAGGUGGUCUCAGUCAUGAAGUGCUGUGGAGAACACUGGAUCGCCUGCCUCGAACCCGUCUGGGUCGAUUAAGAGACUGCAACACCCAUGAGUCACUGCUGGAGAUUUGUGAUGACUACAGUCUCCAUGAGAAUGAAUAUUUCUUUGACAGACAUCCAAUGGCUUUCUCCUCCAUACUCAACUUCUACAGAACAGGGAAGCUGCACAUGAUGGAGGAGAUGUGCGCUUUGUCCUUUGGUCAGGAGCUAGACUACUGGGGAAUUGAUGAGAUCUACCUGGAGUCCUGUUGCCAGGCACGGUACCACCAAAAGAAGGAGCAGAUGAAUGAGGAGCUAAGAAGGGAGGCUGAGACGCUGAGAGAUAAGGAUGGAGACGUUGAUGAGCAGGGCUGUUGUCCUGACCAAAGACAAAAACUUUGGGAUCUUCUGGAGAAACCCAGUUCCUCUGUUGCUGCAAAGGUCCUGGCCAUGGUCUCCAUCCUGUUUAUUAUCAUCUCCACCAUCUCAUUAUCUCUCAACACUCUGCCAGAGCUUCAGGUUGUUGAUGAGUUUGGCCAGUUCAAUGAUAACCCCAAUCUAGCCCAUGUCGAAGCAGUGUGCAUUGCCUGGUUCACUAUGGAGUACCUGCUUCGGCUGCUGUCAGCACCUAAUAAAUGGAACUUCAUCAAAGCACCACUGAAUAUCAUAGAUUUGCUGGCUAUAUUGCCUUAUUAUGUGACCCUCUGCCUAACUGAAUCUAACAAGAGUGUGUUGCAGUUCCAGAAUGUGCGCCGUGUUGUCCAGAUUUUCCGUAUUAUGAGGAUCUUAAGGAUCCUUAAACUGGCUAGGCAUUCAACAGGACUCCAGUCCUUGGGUUUCACAUUGCGAAGAAGCUAUAAUGAGCUGGGUUUGCUGAUUCUUUUCUUGGCUAUGGGCAUUAUGAUCUUCUCUAGCUUAGUGUUCUUUGCUGAGAAGGAUGAGGAUGCAACUAAAUUCACAAGCAUCCCUGCUUCCUUUUGGUGGGCCACUAUUACAAUGACAACUGUUGGAUAUGGAGACAUCUAUCCACAAACCCUGCUUGGCAAAAUUGUAGGAGGGCUUUGCUGUAUAGCAGGUGUGCUAGUCAUUGCUCUUCCCAUCCCCAUAAUUGUCAACAACUUCUCCGAGUUCUACCGAGAACAGAAGAGGCAAGAAAAGGCUAUUAAGAGAAGAGAAGCUCUUGAAAGAGCCAAAAGAAGUGGAAGCAUUGUUUCGAUUAAUUUGAAAGAUGCAUUUGCCCGUAGUAUGGAACUCACAGAUGUGCUGGUAGAAAAAAAAGAGGAAAGCAAAUGUCCAGUAGACAACCACCUGUCCCCGAGUCGUUGGAGCUACCACAAACAUUACUCCAAUACUGAUGUCAGUAGCCCACCAAAGUCCCAGCCGUACCAAGAGGUUACACAGUGGGCUUCCCCUGGAGCAGGAAAACCACAGUUGAAUAAAACUUCUCCUCGACACCUUAUUGCAAAGCAACUUGACAGUCCUUACAACAAGACAGGAACCACCCAGGACCAGCAAGACAAACGUAUAGAGGAGCCGAUAAACAUGGAUAUUUUGACCUCUAGUCAAACCCAACCAGCUUCACCUAAAGUCGGCAAUAGGGAGAAACUUGUUGCUGUGGUUGAUUCUUCAGCUGAAAAAGAAGAAAAAAGUUCUCUGUUACCAAGUGUAGAGGGAGGUCAUUGUAGUCUAAGGCACUCUAUCCCCCCUCCCUUAGAUUUAAGUCAAAUCAGCACAAUGGAAGCAUGUCAACGCCUAGACAGUGACCAACCAAUGACAAUAAUCAAAGAGGGUUUGUAUGAAUUUGUGUCCACUCCCCAAAGACCAACAACUGAAGAAAAACCAUUAGUACCACAGAGAGUGAAAGAUUAUAGCAGUCCUCAAACAAUUACAACUCUAAAUGUGGACUUCAUUGGAUCGGAAGGUGAUGUUCUUACAGCAAUUAUGACACCAUUAGCAACCAAAGACUCCACUAGCUCACCCAAGGUUGAUCGUUCUGAAGAUGUGUUUUCUGUGUUCUCUACUUCUCCCAGUUCUGCUACACCUGACAUAACAUCUGUGCUAACAAUACCACAGUCUCCAUCCCUGUCACAGGAGUCUGCCCGCCUUGUUGGGGAGAGUUCCAUAAUCAGGAGCUUAGAAGGUGAAGGGCAGCACACAAGCUUAAGCCAACAGGGGAGGAAUCACAUGGAAAGGGCUGCUAGUGGCUCUAGCUCAGCUAAAGCAAGCCCUCUCAACUGCACACAUGAGCUAGUGACUAUGAGAGAGACAGAUGGAGGAGGAGACACAGAGGGGAAAGGACAGGGUGGGGAAAAACAAGAAAAUCACAUUGCUUUGGAUGGAAGUUUGACACCACCCUGUGAAACAAGUAUGUGAGCUCAAGGAUAAGGAUAGAUUGAAAACAGAGAUAGAAAAAA